CUCGACCCUGCGCCCUUUCUUCUCUGGACCAGCACACACGCCCCUUCCCAUGCUCCUCUUAACAUCUACUACUUCUCAUCUGCAAGUUGCGGCAUAGGAUACUCUUCGCUUGUUGAGAGUGCUUGCACUGCACGCCGUCCUUGCCUUCAAUUUCUUGUGACAACAAAGCGAGACACCGCUUGUUCACGAUCUGAAAUACCCCUGCACUAGCACGCGAAGCAACGAGAGACAGCUGGCUUCUCGCUAUCCUACAUUGUCUAUUAGUCCAGACGAUACUCGUUGCAAGUCCGAUCGAACGCUUGCCGCAGCCAAAGUCUCAGAAGUUCAUCAUGGACCCCGAUAACAACAAUAAUCGGCUGCGUUUGAACUUUCAGUUUGACAAUCAGCAGAAAUUCGACGCAGCCAAUGCUCGCAUGUAUCCUACCACUCCUUCUACCUUUCCACAGCCGAUAUAUGGUGGCCAACAGCAGGACUACCCUGGUGGUCUGUUGUCUCCCAACCCUGCGACGAACAAUGGCUAUUUCAUGAACCAAGCCUUUCCCCCACCAUCACAGCAGGCACAAUAUCAGCAGCAAUACCAAUACCAGACACAGGGUGGCCUACAAUCUCCUCAACCGGCCUACCAAGCAAACUCCAGACCGUACAUGGUCAACAAUAACAAUGAUGGAACUAGCGGUCUGAUCCAACAAUUUUCGAACCAAGAUCUGAGUGCAACGCCACGCAGCGCCAAUGUCAAUCUCAACCGAACCCCUUCCCCGGCGACCUCACGCCCGCGAACCGCUGGUGAUGGCAGACAGGCACAGAACCCGUACCAGAAUCACCUUGCACCCCCUAUGCCUAGACCGUCGCCAAAGCCUGAAGAGGAAGAGCAGCCAAACCCACGCAAAUACUCUGACAACAUCAUCAAGAGAGGGACAGCUGCAAAACAAUUGGUGAACAGCUUCUUCCAGGAAAACAUCGAACGAGCAAGAGACCGAAAUAGUCGGGCCAAGGAGUUGGAUGCUGUUCUCAAGAAUCCUAGCAUCUCUGACGCUGAGAAACAAAAGGAAAUCAACACGCUAGCACAGAAAGAAGCACGAUUCUUACGCUUUAUUCGAACCAGAGAAUCUCCCCAGAACUUCUCAACCAUCAAGGUUAUUGGAAAAGGUGCAUUUGGAGAAGUCAGACUUGUGCAGCGCAAGACGGAUGGCAAGAUCUAUGCUUUGAAGUCUUUGAUAAAAUCCGAGAUGUUCAAGAAAGACCAACUAGCUCACGUUCGAGCCGAACGUGAUAUCCUGGCUGAUUCAAAGGACAACCCGUGGUUGGUCAAGCUUCAUGCUUCCUUCCAGGACUCGGCCUUCUUGUACAUGCUGAUGGAGUUUUUGCCUGGUGGCGAUUUGAUGACUAUGCUGAUCAAAUACGAAAUCUUUUCGGAAGACAUCACCAGAUUCUAUAUGGCUGAAAUUGUCAUGGCAAUCGAGGCUGUCCACAAGCUUGGAUUCCUGCAUCGUGAUAUCAAACCCGACAAUAUCUUGUUGGAUCGAGGUGGCCAUAUCAAGCUUACCGAUUUCGGCCUCUCGACAGGCGGUCGAAAGCAGCACGAAAACUCAUAUUAUCAAGCCCUCCUGAAGUCUAAUGCAAAUGACAAGUCAGGCAACCGAAACUCGAUGGCACUCAACGAGCAGAUUAAUCUGACAGUCAGCAAUCGUGGCUUGGUCAAUACCUGGAGAAAAUCUCGACGACAUAUGGCCUAUUCUACUGUAGGCACUCCCGACUACAUUGCACCAGAGAUCUUCCUCGGUCAAGGCUAUACCUACCUGUGUGAUUGGUGGUCCGUCGGAGCGAUCAUGUUUGAGUGCCUUGUUGGCUGGCCUCCGUUCUGCGCGGAGGACACACAUGACACCUACCGCAAGAUUGUCAACUGGCGUGAAUCUCUGUACUUUCCCGACGAACUUGUCUUGGGACGUGAUGCUGAAGAUAUGAUCCGAAGCUUUCUCUGUGACGCAAAUGACCGGUUAGGAAAGGAAGGAGGCGCACAUGAUGGAGCCUCGCAGAUCAAGAAACACCCGUUCUUCCGGGGUGUCGUCUGGGAUCAGCUCAGAAAGAUUCGAGCACCAUUCGAGCCUAAGUUGUCUUCCAACAUCGACGUCAGCUACUUCCCCAUCGAUGAGAUUCCACAGGAGGACAAUACGGCUAUGCAUCGCGCACAUGCCAAGCAGGUCUUGCCCGAGCAAGAUGCCGAGAUGAGUCUGCCAUUUAUCGGAUACACCUACAAAGCCUUCAACGCCUUCCAGAACUCGUAAUGAACGGAGUGGAUCUACCCUGAUAGUAUGGGCACUGUUGAUGCACAGACGACUUCUAUGGCCAACGACAUGAUGAUGAUUUGCAUGUUUCAAAGAGAGAGUCAGGCACAAAAGCACCACAGCAGGAGUUCAGAGACAGCUAAAAAAAAGCUAUGCCGUUCAAGUCGUGAAGGCUGGUCAAGGAGCAAGAGUAUUUUGCUUGGGCUGUGAACAGAUUUACAGGCUCGCUAAUGGGUCGUGUUGGUCUAUCAGAGAUGCGCUAUGGAAGUCUUUAUUUUGAUGCAAUGAUAAUAAGCCACC